UCCGUUAAGAAGGGCGAGGCGGGCCGCGCUUGCUGCGGGGGCCCCGGGGGACACGAACCGGCCUCCUAUUCAGCCCUCGACCGCGGGGAUCCAGCGGAGGAAGGAGCAGCGCGGGGCGCACGCUUGGCACCAUGACCCAGACACCCGCCUUCGACAAGCCCAAAGUAGAAUUGCACGUCCACCUGGAUGGCUCCAUUAAGCCCGAAACGAUCUUAUACUACGGCAGGAAGAGGGGGGUUGCUCUCCCUGCUGACACAGUUGAGGAGCUGAAGAACAUCAUUGGCAUGGACAAGCCACUCACCCUCCCGGGCUUCCUGGCCAAGUUCGACUACUACAUGCCUGCCAUCGCGGGUUGCCGGGAGGCCAUCAAAAGGAUCGCCUAUGAGUUCGUUGAGAUGAAGGCCAAGGAGGGCGUGGUGUACGUGGAGGUGCGUUACAGCCCACACCUGCUGGCCAACUACAAGGUGGAGCCGAUGCCCUGGAACCAGCCCAAAGGGGACAUCACCCCAGAUGAGGUGGUGUCCCUAGUGAACCAGGGCCUGCAGGAGGGAGAGCGAGACUUCGGGGUGAAGGUGCGGUCCAUCCUCUGCUGCAUGCGCCAUGAGCCUAGCUGGUCCGCCGAGGUGGUGGCGCUGUGUAAGAAGUACCAGCAUCAGACCGUGGUGGGCAUCGAUCUGGCUGGGGAUGAGACCAUCGCAGACAGCAGCCUCUUCCCUGGACAUGUGCAGGCCUACGAGGAGGCUGUGAGGAACGGCAUCCACCGCACCGUCCACGCCGGGGAGGCUGGCACUGCAGAGAGGGUGAAAGAGGCUGUGGACAAUCUCAAGACAGAGAGGGUUGGCCAUGGCUACCACACCGUGGACGAUGAGGCCCUUUACAAAAGGCUGCUAGAGAACAACAUGCACUUUGAGGUCUGCCCCUGGUCCAACUACCUCACGGGCUCCUGGAACCCGGACACGGAGCAUCCAGUCGUUCGAUUCAAAAGGGACCAGGCUAACUACUCGCUAAACACGGAUGACCCGCUCAUCUUCAAGUCUACCCUGGACACCGAUUACCAGCUGACCAAACAGAAGAUGGGCUUUACCGAAGAGGAGUUUAAGAGACUGAAUAUCAAUGCGGCAAAGUCCAGUUUCCUCCCAGAAGAUGAAAAGAGGGAGCUACUGGACCUGCUCUAUAAAGCCUACGGGAUGCCACCUGCGGCCCCUGCAGGUAUGCUCCUGUCUGCGCUUCUGGGCCACGGACCUGCCUGGCUCGUUUAGCUUUCUGUGGGGCCCCGGCGAGACAUCCUCUCUUGGGUAGCACCAAGGACUUGUAAUGGCGCCUGGGCACAGGUCCUGGCUGGGGCAGCCUUUCACCACCCGGCCUACGUUCUGUGUAAUGCUGUCCUGAGGCUGGCCGGAGGGGGAGACUUUCUGAAGGUCUUAGCUCUGUUCUGCUCCUUCCUGUGUGGCCUUGGCAAGGCGUUUUCUGGCUCUAAUGCUCUGUGAUUCUUUAUGCCCUGGGUACUGGGAUUUGCCUAAUCUUUCUGCUUCUCUGACCCGGCCAGCAGGGCAGCAACCAUGAAGGCAUCACUGCCACUGCUCCGAGCCGCACCCUGUGGAUGGAGAUUUCAUAGCUCUGGGGGGUCGAGCAACACCCACCUUUACUUCCCUGGGAAGACCAUGAUUUCCAUAGUCAGCUACUGAUGCUACCGGAAGCCUGUGUGCCCCUGCUGUACCCACACACAGCGUGGCAUGGUCAACUCCCUCCUCUGGUGAUUUAUGCUGAAAAGCUGGUGCUCAAUAAAAGAAGCCAACGGCUGGAGUUGUGCAGCACGUGAUGCAUGGUCUUGGGCAGGACGACUGGGUGGGGUGAGAGAGAAAGGAGCGUCUAGGGCAGCCUGCCCAGUGGCAGGGCCCAAGAGCCCAGCGGGGACUGUGACUGGGAAGCCAGAGCUCCCAUGCUGGGGGGAGGGGCCCACACCUGCCCUCCCGAAGCAGCCAGGCUUCUCUCGAGGAGUUGUCUGCUUACAGGCUCCCUGAACUCUCAGUCCCUCCUGUUCUAGGUUUUAAGGGAAAACCUUCCCUUUGAGCUCCUGAAGCUGGACGGGUGAG